AUGAACUCAUCUGAUCAAUUUUCCAGCCACAUUGAAAAGAUCACCACCAUCGCAGAAGGCCUAAUUAAACUCGGCUAUCCCGUACACUUCCUCAGCAACCCGGACUUCAAAGACGCCAUCGAGUCCAUCGGCGCCAUACACGUGCCCAUUGAAGGCGCGGGCCCGGGGUAUAUGGAGCCCGAGAAGAUGGCACAUUUUGUCACGCUCACGGGUCAUGAAUCUAACAUUUUUGCGUUCAAGACGAUCUUCACAGACUCGAUCCCCGCGCAGCAUCGGACUCUCCAGCGGCUUUUCAAGUCGAUACGGGAAGAGUACGGAGCUGAGCAGCCGCUGAUAUACAUGAAUGACUUCUCGUUUGGUGGGAUGACGCCCGUUUUUCUCGGCGCGGAGGGGAUUCGUCCAGAUGCUAUUAUUGGUAUUGCGGUUGCACCUUAUCCCGCUGCGAGUAACGAUACGUUUCCGUUUCAAUCAGGCAGACAUCCAGAUACUUCCCCCUCGUCCAGGGAGAUUCACUUCAAGGCGCAGCAGGAAAGGUAUGAGUCGUAUCCAGAUAAAGAGGUGACUGCGUAUUUGCGCAAGACGCUGGCAGAUAUGGGCGCGAAGAAAUACUUUCCGAGUCUUUAUGACAUGUUUGCGUCGGCGUCGGAUGUGCUGCUGCAAUAUGGUGUGCCGGAGUUUGAAUAUCCAAGGAGCGAUUGGCGCAAGAAUGUGAAGUUUGUGGGCGCGCCGGUGGGCGUGGGGGUUGCGGAGAGGAAGCUGCCUGAGUGGUGGAAUGAAGUCGUUGCUGCGAAGGCAGCGGGCAAGAAGAUUGUGGCUGUGACAUCGAGUAGUGUAGUCUUCGAAAACACCGCGCUGAUCCUCCCGGCGUUGGAGGCGCUGAAGGAUAGGGAGGAUGUGUUUGUCAUGGCGACGCUGGUUACGUCGGAGGCUGGGGGUUUUGACGUCCCAAAGAAUGCGAGGGUGGAGAAGUUUAUCCCCGUGGAUUUGGCGCUUCCUUAUGUCGAUGUCCUCAUCACGAAUGGCGGAUACGGCACCAUCCAACAAGGCCUACGCGCAGGCGUUCCAAUGAUCGUAUCCGGCGUCGGGCAAGACAAGUCGCACACGGGCGGAAUUAUCAACUAUGUCGGCGUUGGUAUAUAUAAUGCGGUCUACAAGACGAACCCGAAGAUGAUUGCCGACUCAUUCGACGAAAUUUUGAAUAAUGCGAGCUAUAGAGAAACUUCGAAACGGCUUGCAAAGGAGUAUGAGAAAUACGAUGCAGUGGAGAUUGCGGAUGAGACGAUUCAGCAGGUUCUGAGGGGGGAGUAUAAGGUUGAGAAGUGGAAUUAGGGGAUAUUGUGAGGUGGGCUGUUAGCAGUCUUGUAUUAUUCAAUGGUGAUGUAUGUAGCUGUUGAUGAUGCCGAUAUUGUGUCGAUGGCUGUCACAGCUGUCAAUCACAUCGCAACCGAUGUGAUGUAGUC